UGCCUGAACACACGCACUCAGGACCGGGGAAGCCUCCAACAAUGUCGACAGACCAACAAGAACUGAUAUUUGAGAGCUUCUUGAAGAAGAGGAAAGAUAAAAUGAAGCUGAGGUGGGUAAGAUACUGGUUCAGGCUUCAGAAUACAUGCCUGUUCUUCUACACCGAAAAACAUGGAUGUGCAUUACACCUGAGAGGCCAGUAUUAUAUAUACAUGGUGCAGUCUGUGCGGGAGGUCACGGGGAAAGGCAGCAAGCCGUUUGCGUUUGAGAUCACCAUGAAGAACGGCAAGACAAAACUGCUGGCUGCAGAGACCGUGGAGCUGAGGCACGCUUGGGUCAGCCUGCUCUGGAAGGCCAUGCAGCUCCCCGGCCCCGGACGCUCCGACUCGGCCUGUGUCUGGGAUGAUGUGGCUGAUCUGAAGCAGAGAGCCCAGGACAGUCUUCACUGCAGCUCGGACUCUGACAGCGAGUUGAACCUGAAGGGCAGUGGACAUGUCUCCUCCCCCCCCACGCCGUGGGACAGGCCCCCUCCCUCACAGGGGCCCCUCACGUCCGCUGAGAAGCAUACUCCUCCCUCAGAAGAAGACAGGCAGCAGGAGAUGGAUAUCUAUGACAUUCCACCGUCCAACAAGAAAGCCGGGUGGGAAGAUGUGUCCGAAGGGAUCUAUGAUGUUCCAACUUCUUGGCUGACAAAUAUGCCGGAACGAACUCCCGGAGCCCCAGCUGAGGGUGAAAGGUCACCUGACAGUGUGACUCUGGAGCUGUAACAGAAGUACGCUGAAGAGGCAGGAUGAGGACUGUAACGAAAAGUCGACUGGCUCCCUGUCUGCUGUGCUAUUUCAGUGACUGGGACCUCACUAGGCACAGGAGGACAACAGCCCUUCACAAGCGGGACUCACUGUUACAGCAGACUGUCUAUUCGUGUUUUAGCACUCUGAAACUAGGCUUCGAUUAAAGGCAGCAUACACUAGAGACUUAUACAUGUAUCUAUGUAUGUAUGUAUGUAUAUAUGUAUGUAUUCUAGUAGUAAUGCAUAUUGCAUUACAAUGUAUCAAAAAAGCACUGAUUUCACAACUGUCCUUAAAGAGGGUUUAUUUGUGUUUUCAUCAUUUGAAUAAUGAAAUUUGUUUUAAAAGAAGAAAAACAUAACCUUUCGAUCAAGCUGUGAUUAUGACUCACUUGCGGUGAUAUCGCACAGUUGGUGUUAUACUAACCUAUGUGUGAGCUGGCAGGAAGUGUUUUCACAGAGCUUCAGGAUUUGUUACUGUCAUUGCCAUUUCUUAUUUUAACAGUUGUGUGAGGAAGAAUUAAAUUAAACAAUACGAGCCCAAUCACAAA